CCUUGAACUCUCAUUGUAGCUGGUAAAGCUCUUCAGGGAGCAUCAGAACAGAGGCCCAGCUAGAUUCUUUCUAUUUUUUCACCAAAUCCUGUUCCCCGUGAGGAUGAGUAACAGCAGCUUAAACAGUAUCAAUGACAACCCGACUUCAUCUGGCGCUGCAAAAGCUGAUGCCUCCCAUAGCAGCAGGUUUAUUGAUGUGAAUAGCAACACAGCCUUUCGCUCCCUGUCCCCCACUAUUCCUAUAUCGAGAGGAGAUUCUGGGGUACAGGAGCAAUAUCCCAUACAUAAAUGGCAAGCAGAACAUUUGGAUGAUUCACCUGCAACCUGGAGUACUGGGAGACAAAAGACCAGAGGCGAGCUACUUAAGAGUUCCUUUGAUCCCCUGCUUCCUGAUAUCCCUGUUACACGAGAACAGAUGAAUCAUUAUCGAAUAAUCGCUGAAAAUGCUCAAAGUGAGCUGGCGGCCCUGCAUGUAAAAUUUGAAAGUGUGCAGACAGAGCUGCUAGAUUUACGUGCAAGACUGGCCUCCAAGGAAGGCUCUGUGCAAGAACUGAGGGCCGAAGUAGAAAAUUAUAAAGAGAACACAGCAAGACAGGCAUCGCUGAUAAGCUCUUUGCGAGCCAGACUCCAGGAAACAGAGGAAGAAUCGAGUCGCUUUGCCACUUCCAAAACAAGAGCUGAUUUUGCUAUGCAAGCAGUUCUUCAGGAGAAUCAGGAGCUGAAAGAGAGGAUGCAUGAUCUUGAUUCUAGAUUAAAAUCUUCUGUGGCUCAGUGGGAAGAGAGCAAGUCAAAAGCUUCUCGUUACAGCAGGAGCCAUGGACAGUUUUUAUCUCAGCUUUCUACAUGUUUGAAUAUUAAUAUAAGAGGACAAGAAGAACCAGAAGAGCUGCUGCUUUCCAAGAUUAAUGAGCUGUAUAAAGACAACACAGAGCUCAAAGGCAGCAUUGCCAGUUUAGAGCAAACUGUAAAUGUCCAUGAGACAGAAUCAAAAGGAAGCAGGGAAACUAUCAUGCGACUGGUUUCUGAAGUCAGCAAGGAACAGAAAAAGGCGUCAUCCUUUGCUAAGCAAUUAGACAGUCUACAAAAGAACCUUGAGAGCACCUCUGAUGAUAAAGAAAGCCUUGAGAGGGAGAUUAAAAUAUUAAAAGACAGACUGAGUGCUUCUCAGCGGGCCUGGGAGGCCAGCAAGCAAGAACUCGGCCAGGUCAAGAAGAGCUCCACUGAGCUAGAUCUAAGUUUGAAAAGCACCCGUGGAGAGGCCAAGGCAGCUCACAGCUUGCAUGAAUCCUUCAAAGAAACUGUAGCAGCAGCUUUAAGCCAUGACUCUAUCGCCGUGAAACCAAAAGAGGAAGCAAUUCUGGAAAAAAUACGGGAUAUGUACCACAAGGCUGAAAACAGAAAGACGAUCAUAUCCCAGCUGGAAGAAAGGGUGUUCAAGCUUAGUGAACAACUGCAAACCCAGACAGAAUUACACCAGGAAUCUAUGAGCAGAGCAAGAAAGGCAGAGCAAUAUCUGGAUGACCUAGGGGGGCGUCUGAAAUUAGCUGAAGGGGAACUGGUGUCUGGGGAUGUAAUGCGGGAUAACCUUAGUCAUGAGAAGCAGAAGUACAUGAAGUUCUUGGAGCAGCUGUCUGAGAAAAUGAAAAUAGACAGAGUUGCCACAGACGUUGGCUUUGACAUGCGCCUGGAAGCCAUCCUUGGCCGUGCUGACCAGCUGGUUAAACUAGAAACUAAUGCUAUUAUUGAGAACAAGACCCGGGCUCAAGGCUUACAAAGAAAGCUAAAGGCACAGAAGGAAACAAUUGACAGCAAAGAACUUCAUAUGGAGCUUUUAAGGAAAAAAAUUGCCCAGCUGGAGGAGGAGAAGCAAGUGCGGACAGCGCUGGCAGUAGAGAGAGAUGAAGCUAACCUGACAGUGAGGCGCUUACAGAAGAAGGUGGAUAGACUGCAGAAGGAGCUGAAUGUAGCCCUAGAUUCUAACACUGGACUGAAAGCUAGGCUUUCAGACACUAAUGAGUUAAAGAUCAAGACCAUAGAGCAGCACAAGACAAUCGAGGAGCUAAAUAAAUCCGUUGAUCAGUUAGAAAAGGAAAAAGGGAAGACUCAGAAGAAACUUGUUUCUGUAAAAUCAGAACUGGAGUUCACUGAGCGAGACGCUCAGGAGGAAAAAGAAAGAUCUGCAAAUUUACUUGAAGUUGUCACCAGUGAGUUGAAGACACUUAAAAAAACUCUGGAAGAAGUUGUUAAAAGGGAAAAACAGCUGGUAGACUUUAGAGAAGUGGUAUCACGGAUGCUAGGCCUAAAUGUUAACGUCUUGGCACUUCCUGACUACGAAAUUAUCAAACGUCUUGAAGGACUGAUCCACAACCACCACCAUCAUAUUGUUUCCUGUGCCUAAAUAUAACUUGAGAACAAGUACAAGUGUACUGACGAUUUCAUUAAAGCCAAGCUGGUUUCAUAUGUAUAAUUUAUUAAUAAUUUGUUCCAUGAACAUUUGCAGCACGUGCCUUAUGUUAGAAUAUAUUUUCACAAAGUGCCAUAUUUUUCCAGGACUGAGUGUAUCUAUGUGGUUUGUGUGCCUUAAGAUGCAGUUUACUUUGGUAUACACAAUAUAGGCAAAAUUAUCCAGACACAUUUUUAGCCAAAUGUAAUCAGACACUCACCUAGGAUGACAUAUCUUCUGCGAACACUCAGAUCGACAUAUCGGAACUCACUGGUUUCCAAAUUGUCCCUGGAAGCAAUGUCAGCACAAGAACUAUUCUAUGGGAAUGUAGGGAUUUAUGGGUGAGCAGUCGCACACAAUUCAAACAUCACCAUGCAGAGUGCUAAUCACUGGAUGGAGAGGUGUAUGGGUUGCUGCCACUGGACUCUGGAGCAGAACAUCUGAUAGGAAAGUCUGAGUUAGACAGAUGCCAAGAAAACACUUCCUGCCUGAAUUUGUAAUUCCAGUAGUAAAGUUUGCUGAAGGGGAAUAGUCUUGUUUUUUUUCAUGGUUUGGAAUAGGGAACCUGCUUCCAAUGAAAGCAAGCUUUACGGCUGCGGUAGUGUACACUGGCACUUAUGACAAUUCCAUGCUUCCUACUUUGUGGCAACAUUUUGGGGAAGGAUCUUUCCUAUUACAGUGUAAUAGUGUCCUCGGGCAAAAAGCGAGGUCCAUAGCAAAUGGAUUUGCUACGAAGGGAAUAGAAGAACUUCACUGGAAUGCAGUGAACCAACCUCACUAUUGCUAUUGUGGCACCAACAAAAGACCACCAGCAGUGUUCCAACAUGUAUUUGAAAGCCUCCCCAGAAGAGGAGAGGCUGCUAUAGCAGCAAAGGGAAGAAUCACUUCUUAUUAAUACCAUUGGUUUCAAAAACAGAUGUUGGACAGGCAGGUGUCUGGGUAAUUUUGGCCAUAUAGUGUACCUCACGUUAGAUCUUUAGAUCUGGGUAUAUUCUGCAAAUUAACAAAAUGGAUCAGGGCUUUAGCUUGAGCUUAAACCUUCGUUUAAUCAGAUCCCAGGAACCAUCAAUUGAUCACAAUUUCAGAGCUCAAAUGAAAACAAGUAAACAGUAACUUGCUGAGUUAUUAUAGCAUGUUUUAGUCCUUAUGGUUAUAUGUUUUGCUAACAAUGGCUCAAAAGUAUAUGUGUAUGUUUCCAUGUAUUCAGGGAAUGUCAUGACAAAUGUCAUGAAAUCAAGGCUGCUAAAUGUCCAUGGCACUUUUUUCAGUAUUUUAUAAUGGUAUAAUGGCAAUGAGAAAUUGUAUAAGAACAUGUUGCUCUUCCUGAAGGGGAGUUUGCCUUAAUAGUGUUUUACAGAGUGACUUUACAUUCAUUUUCAUUUUUUUUUUUCAUUAUUUGCCUUCUCAUUCUAUCUUUCCAAUGUGGAGUUUAAAAAAUGAUCUUAUUCCUGCUACCAAAAAUCUAAUGCUCUGUGAGGCUCUAUUUUUAUUGUUGUUAUUUUUUAAUUGCUUAUCUUUUUAUCUUUAAUAUAGACCCUGUCCUACCCAUCUUCCUUUCUGACUUCCAGAUUCUUGUCUCGUUGUUAGGGUAUGCGACACUAUUGAAAUAAUUAAACAACCACAAAAGGUACAAAAUGGAGACUAAUUGCAUAUUGUCUUAAAAUAUCAUUUUCUCUAAAAUACUAAAAAUGAAUUGUAACAAUCCAUUUAACUGUGUGUUCAUAUAUAAUGAUUCUGUAACUACAACAAUACAUUUUAACAUAUGUUUGGAAAAUACAUUUUAUUCAUUCCUUUCUGUAACUAUUGUCCUGUGGUGACACCAAUGCUGAUUAUGCAUACUUGCUCUUAGUGAUGAGCUGACCAUCAGUUUCUAAACCCAGCACAGCAAGGUACCCUCCAAUGACAUUACGAAUGGGUAGAUUUGGUACAAUGACAUCACAGAAGGGUACUGCUUGGCACCAAUGGGCAGGGGCUCUUCUACCUGCUCAGACCCACUCUGAAGCAAAGUUUCUCAGCCUUCCCUGCCUUCAGAUCCCACAGGUAUAAGUCACUCAUUACUGGCUGUGCAUAGGGAUGAGCAAAUUUUUUGCCAGUCCUGGAUUUGCUGCAAAAUUCUGCAUUUCACCAUUGUUGAUUUUUUUUGCGAAACAGCCGUAAAAUUUAGCUGUGAAUAAUUUUUGUUCAUGUAAAAAAUAAAAGUGACGGUCGUGUCAAAUUGGA